CGCAACGGGGGCGGCUUUUUCCUGGGUGGGGUUUGUGAAGUCGUGGCCCGUUAGCAGGAAGCGGAGCAGUAGCCCAGACGCUGGAGAGGAACCCAAUCCGAGCCCCCCCUUGGUCCCCGGAGUUCCAGCCUUGCGUACUGUGUUCUCAGGUCUGCCCGACAGUUUCCAUCCAAACUUCGCCAACUCGUUUCCUUUGCCGCCACCAUGCCCAAGACGAUCAAUGUGCGGGUAACCACCAUGGAUGCAGAGCUGGAGUUUGCUAUCCAGCCCAAUACCACCGGCAAACAGCUGUUUGAUCAGGUGGUGAAAACUAUUGGCCUGAGAGAAGUUUGGUUCUUUGGUCUGCAGUACCAGGACACCAAGGGUUUCUCCACUUGGCUGAAACUCAAUAAGAAGGUAACUGCACAGGAUGUACGAAAGGAAAGCCCUCUGCUCUUUAAAUUCCGGGCCAAGUUCUACCCUGAAGAUGUAUCUGAAGAAUUAAUCCAGGAUAUCACCCAGCGCCUGUUCUUUCUGCAAGUGAAGGAAGGUAUUCUCAAUGAUGACAUUUACUGCCCACCUGAAACUGCUGUGCUCUUGGCUUCUUAUGCUGUCCAGUCCAAGUAUGGUGACUUCAACAAGGAGGUGCACAAGUCUGGCUACCUGGCUGGAGACAAGUUGCUGCCUCAAAGAGUCCUGGAGCAACACAAACUCAACAAGGAUCAGUGGGAGGAACGGAUUCAAGUCUGGCAUGAAGAACACCGUGGCAUGCUCAGAGAGGAUGCUGUCCUGGAAUAUCUAAAGAUUGCUCAAGAUCUGGAGAUGUAUGGUGUGAAUUACUUCAGCAUCAAGAACAAGAAAGGCUCAGAAUUGUGGCUAGGGGUAGAUGCCCUAGGUCUCAACAUCUAUGAACAGAUUGACAGACUGACACCCAAAAUUGGCUUUCCCUGGAGUGAAAUCAGGAACAUCUCUUUCAAUGACAAGAAAUUUGUCAUCAAGCCUAUUGACAAAAAAGCCCCGGACUUUGUCUUUUAUGCUCCUCGACUGAGGAUUAACAAGCGGAUUUUAGCCCUGUGCAUGGGGAACCAUGAGCUAUAUAUGCGCCGCCGCAAGCCUGACACCAUUGAAGUGCAACAGAUGAAGGCACAGGCCCGGGAGGAGAAGCACCAGAAGCAGAUGGAGCGUGCCUUGCUGGAAAAUGAGAAGAAGAAGCGUGAGAUGGCAGAAAAGGAGAAGGAGAAGAUUGAACGGGAGAAAGAAGAACUGAUGGAGAAGCUGAAGCAGAUUGAAGAACAGACUAAGAAGGCUCAACAAGAACUGGAAGAACAGACACGCAGAGCCCUGGAACUUGAGCAGGAACGGAAGCGUGCCCAGAGUGAGGCUGAAAAGCUGGCCAAGGAGCGCCAGGAAGCUGAAGAGGCUAAGGAGGCUUUGCUGCAGGCCUCCCGGGACCAAAAGAAGACCCAAGAACAACUGGCUUCAGAAAUGGCAGAGCUGACAGCUCGGAUCUCUCAGCUAGAGAUGGCUCGACAGAAGAAGGAGAGUGAGGCUGUCGAGUGGCAACAAAAGGCACAGAUGGUACAGGAAGACUUGGAGAAGACCCGUGCUGAGUUGAAGACUGCCAUGAAUACACCUCAUGUGGCAGAGCCUGCAGAAAAUGAACAGGAUGAACAAGAUGACAAUGGGGCAGAGGCCAGUGCUGACCUGCGGGCUGAUGCAAUGGCCAAGGACCGCAGUGAGGAGGAACGUACCACUGAAGCAGAGAAGAAUGAGCGAGUGCAGAAGCACCUGAAGGCCCUCACUUCAGAGCUGGCCAAUGCCCGUGAUGAGUCCAAGAAGACUGCCAAUGACAUGAUCCAUGCUGAGAACAUGCGACAGGGCCGAGAUAAAUACAAGACCCUGCGUCAGAUCCGGCAGGGCAACACCAAGCAGCGCAUUGAUGAAUUUGAAUCCAUGUAGUCAUGUAAUGGACACCCAGCCUCUAGGGACCCCUCCUUUAUUCUUCCUUCUAUUCUUGAUACCUUUGUAUAACUCACACUGUGCUGGAGCCACUAACUAGAGCAGCUCUGGAGUCAUGCCAAGCAUUCAGUGCAGCCAUGGGACCAAACCUAGCCCAUCAGCCCUGCUCAAUUCCUUGGGCAGACAAACAGCCCACUGUGGUGCCAAUGGGAUCCCCUUCUCCCUCCCUAACUCAUUUAAUCUAGCUUGCUAGAAUAGACCAUUUCCCCAGCUCUGAGGCACUUUCCCUUUGAUUAGGCAAAAACUUCCAUACGUAACUGUUACCCAUGAGAGAGAAAUGUAGAGUAGAUUGAGUAUCCCUACUCACGUAUACCAUCAUUGCCUUCCUCUUCCAUGUCAUGUGUUUUUAAAUUUUUUUUCAGGGUUGGAUUAUAGGGUUUAAAAAAAGAGGUAGGGCCCUGAUAGGGUCACCUGACCUAAAAUUUAGCCUCCCAGAGCCCAUCCAUUUUCGAGGCUUUCUAAUGCUUGGAGAGUAAGAUUCAGUCAUUAUUGUUUCUAUCUCCCAGAUUUGGGCUGUUAGAAACUCAGUAAUAGACCUUUUCUCUUAGUUUAGGAACUCAGUUUCUCCUUAGUGUAGGAUAGAAAGAUAGUGCCUUCAAGGGGCUUUAUAGCCUACAAGGCCAUUGGUCUUUUUGUCCAGGUAAGAAUGGGUAGAAGACCCUGCCCCAAUGCCUUAUGGAGCCUAAGCUUCAAUCAAGUGACCUCUGAACAGUAGUAUCUCAUGUUAUUCCAGAACCCUAGUUCUUCUCUGGAUCUGCCCCUGUCCCCUCCAAUCCCUAAAUCACUUCCAGCUAGAACAGUAGGGAUGAGUACCUGAAAGCUUAACCAGCUCCAUAUAUACAGCUCUUGCCAAAAUAAGUGUUCACACCUUUUGUCAGUAUUUUCCCUACCAGUCCAGGUCACAUCCCCCAUCAGAACUAUUUGGGCCCUAGUUCCUGCUUCACAGCCAUCUUGGCCUUGGUGUGGUGAGCCCUAGACCUUGAUGCCAGUAGGCUCAAUUAGGGAGUGGACAGAAGAAGGUACAUAUGGUAAAGAAGCCCAUGCCUCUGAUCCUAC